UCACUCAAAAAAUUAGUGACGUCAAAGGAAACACAGCAUGAGCCAAUAGCGACGCGAGUUGUGUUCAGGUCGCGCUGGGGGAAUGCGACCAAAUUUGGCCUGUUCCUGUGUGCCGAGCAACCCGAGGAUGGCGCGCCCGUCCCGCGUUUUGGAGCGUGUGCUCGCGGCGCUUCUCAGCCGCCGAAGCUGGGCAACCUUAACUGCAGCAAGCACUUCGAGCACCAAGACAGCAAGGCUCCCCAGGAUGGAGUACCAGGACGCCGUGUGCGCGCUGAAUACGCUGCAGACCAACGCCAGUGCACUGGAGCAAGUGCGUCGCGAGCGCGGACACCCCCAGCUUCAGCUGCAGGCCAUGAGGGGCUUCCUCAAGCGGUCGGGCUUGGAGGUGGAGGAGCUGGACAGCCUGAACAUCAUCCACGUUACUGGCACAAAGGGCAAGGGAUCCACAUGUGCAUUCACUGAACGCAUUCUCAGGAAUUAUGGCUUCCGCACUGGAUUCUACAGCUCCCCGCACUUGGUGCAGGUCCGGGAGAGGAUUCGGAUUAACGGCCAGCCAAUCAGCAAAGAGCUGUUCACCAAGUACUUCUGGCAGGUGUAUGGGAAAUUGGACGAGACAAAGGAUGGCCAUGGGGGGAGCAUGCCAGCCUACUUCCGAUUCCUCACCAUCUUAGCCUUCCACGUCUUCUUGCAGGAGAAAGUGGAUCUAGCCGUGAUCGAGGUUGGCAUCGGGGGGGCCUAUGAUUGCACAAACAUAAUCAGGAAGCCUUGGGUGUGUGGAGUCUCCUCCUUGGGAAUUGAUCACACAAGCAUCCUUGGAGACACCAUUGAGAAGAUAGCCUGGCAGAAAGGGGGAAUCUUUAAGCCAGGUGUCCCAGCAUUCACAGUGACGCAGCCUGAUGGGCCCAUGGCUGUACUGCAGGACAGGGCCAUGGAAAUUGGGUGCUCGCUCAGCAUGUGCCCUGACCUGGAGGAGUACCAGCCAGAAGUGGGCCCCCUGCGCCUGGGCUUGGCAGGCAGGCAUCAGCGUUCCAACGCCUCCCUCGCCCUCCAGCUCAGCCGCUGCUGGCUACAGCAUCGCUGCCAGUCUGGUCUGUGUCUCUCAGUGCGUCGUGGCCACUUCCGCCUCCAUGGCUUAUUGCUAAAGAUGACUUGUAUUCUCCCAGGUCACCUGCAGCCCUCGCCUCCUGUAGAGAACGGCAGCAUCUCCCAGGCGUCGUCUUUCCAGCCCAGCACCUUCAUGGUCAAGGGGCUGGAGGACACGGAGUGGCCUGGCCGCACACAGACCCUGCAGCAUGGGCCCCUCACUUACUUUCUGGAUGGGGCUCACACCACUCGUAGCAUCCUAGCCUGCGUGGACUGGUUCCGCGAGGCCGCCGCCCAGCAGGAGCGUGCUGCCGGGGGGCCCGUUGUCAGGGUGUUGCUGUUCAACACCUCAGGAGAACGAGACUCGGGCGCCCUGCUCAAAAUUCUUGCGUCGUGCCACUUCGAUCUCGCGGUGUUCUGUCCCAACAUCACGGAGGCUGCCGCAUCCAGCAGUGCAGACCAGCAGAAUUUCAAUGUGACACUGGAAGGCAUACUGACCCGUUGCCUCGACAACCAGAGAAGCUGGAGGAGUCUGAUAAGGCAGGAUACCAGGCCGGGUACAGAGUUUCUCAUUCCCGGAGGGCUCCCCCUAGUGGUGGAGAGGAAGAUGGCCUCUGCCUUGGUAUUCCCCUGCAUCCUCAGUGCCCUCCGGUGGAUCGCCCAGGGCAGGGACCCUGUGCUGGUCAGCUCCAGUCAGCCAACCUCCAUGGCACCGGCCAAUGCAGCGGAGAAGGCGGAACCUAUGCGCGAGGCAGCCGCUGUCCAUGUACUCAUUACCGGCAGUCUGCACCUGGUGGGCGGGGCUUUGAAACACCUGGAUCCCUCCUCCUCUGCUUAGCCGUGGUUCCCCAAACUCUGCCUCCCUCACCAAGGACCUGAGCACGGGUGUGACUCGAGGCCUGUGUUUGCUCCAUCUUCUGUCUGACUGAGUGCCUUAAAGUACAACAGACUGGGUUUCAGGCCCAGCUUUUAUACUUGAAGUGAUAAUUGUUUACAAACACUAGGGAGAUGUGGUCCUCCUGGUUCUUCUGCGUCUGUUUAUGUAUAUAAGAAGUAUACAUGUACAUUUUUUUUUCUUCUUCACCAGGGAGCAGGUGCAGAGACUGUAAAGGCUGGCGGUUGAAAUCCUAGGUGCAGUAACCUGUAAUAUUGAGAUACAGGUUGAGUGGAUUUUCACUGGUUGUUUGACAAGGAAUGUCAAAUCUGAAGGUGUGCUUUACUUCUGAUUAAAGUAUUUGGGACGGAAAUAAUUUAAAACCACAAAAGGCCCUCUGGAGGACUGCUCAAUCGCAUAAACCUACCAAAACUCUUCUGUUAUUUUUACCAGCAGUGCCUGAAAAAAAAAAAUCCUGAUUUUCUUUUAUUCCGUUAUUCCUUUAUACUGUCCUGUAUGUCUUGUGAUUGUGCCUAACUGUACACAGGAAGCAGCAUUAAAAGGUUCAAUUAAUUUUCUAAAGUGCCCUUCUUAAUAAAGUUGAGAGCACUUUACAUACACAUGUAAAGCACACUGUGCAAGCAGACAAUACCAGAUGGCGGCAGUAGAGCACAACAAAAAGCCGCCUUGUUCCAGUGAUCCAGCUGCAUCUACUGCAGUUGUCAGCCUUCCUGGCACUGGGAUGGCCAGAGGGAAGCAUGAGAGCAAAUGUCAGGGUCAUAAGGAUAGGCAAGAAAGGUUAAAUAUCUUCAAUGUCUUGGUAUUAUUUCAUUAACUGCUUUGUCAUUUAUUUUGGUAUAUUUCUUGUCUGGUGUUGGUGACAUAUACCGAUUUACUGUGUUUAGCAUCAUUUUAUCUAUUUACGUACCUUUUGUACCAAAUAGUAGCCAAACUCAAACUAACAUGCAGCUUCCGUGUCUAGUUUUAAUGGUGGUUCUUGAGUUUAAAGUGGGACUGCAGGCCACAGUUGGGCUGCUCAGGUCCUCAAAGGGCUGCUGCUAUUGUGGUUUUGCAUGUUUCUUGACUGGAAGAAAACUGGCAGGUGCCAUCCACCUAUGCAAUGUAUUCUUAAAUGAGAUCCGAACCUCAAUUGUGCAUCGUUUAGUAUAUAAUGCGCUGAUUUGAUGGCAAGCCGAGGAGCUCUGCAUUGGAUUCAUGACUGAUUCCUCUAAAGGAAUCACUCAUUCUUUAAACUGCAUUUCUGAAUCUUUUCUAAUAGUGGCUACAUUUAGUGAAUAGACAGCAGACUUUAAGACUCACAAUUUUAACUUUCAUUAAGCGAGAAGUUUCUGUUUUCUCAGUUGGCUUCCGUACCACACAUACAUGCUGUUAUUUGAUCUGCUUGCUUGUCAAACCUGUAAAUCUGUGUGCAACUUGUUAAUGCUAAAUGUUGUAACAUUUUAACUGUUUAACAUUUGAAAUGACCCCCUCCCCCCAUACACACAUUUCAUAUUUAUUAUCAUUAUUAUUAUUAUUAGCAACAGCAGCACUUAAGUAUUGUGAUCAAUUGUGAAAAGUAAUCGAAAUUUUUUAACUGAAUGUACCUGGGAAUUUGCCUAAAUAUGAUUAACUUUGAUUAAGUUGCCUUAAAAUGUAGUGACCAUUUUAGAUUCACCUUGUAUACCUGGAGCGAUAUGGAUUCCAUGUGCUGGUGGUGUGUGACUCUGAAGAGUAGGCCACCAUUACUGUGAUUGAAUGGUUGUUCAAAUCCCAGGGCUGGGAGGAUGAUUUUACUGUGGGGCCUCUAAGCAAGGUCCUUAACUUCCAAUGGCUCUAGGAACUGCCUGCCCCUACUUUCUCCAAAAUAUAUGUCGCUUUGGAUAAAAAAUACUGCUAAAUAAACCCUAAUAUAAAUCCUCA